AUAAAGAGAACAGAUUCAAUGAAGCCGAACAUACCACCAUUAAACAUCGCUAAGUCGAAUUCGCAUAUCGACGCCGACGUCGACGUCGACGCCAACCCCAACAAUAAACAAACGCCGGCUCGUUUCUACUCGAAUCACGGCCAGUCCGAAGCCACCCCGCCAUUAACGCCCCAGGGAACUAAGGAACAACACAUAAUGGAACAAACCGAAGCCCCGAGGGCUGUCUUUCACAAUUAUCUCCGCGCAUUCUAUCCUUUCCACCCGGCCGGAAAUGUCUCGCCAUCCACAGUCACUCUGCCUCUCGAUCAAGGUGAUAUCAUCCUGGUCCACUCCGUUCACACCAAUGGCUGGGCCGAUGGUACUUUAUUAGAUUCUGGACACCGAGGCUGGUUACCGACGAAUUAUUGCGAAGCAUACGACCAAAUCGCCAUGCGUCCGUUAUUAAAGGCCCUGACGGAUUUCUGGGACAUCAUUCGUGGAGGAUGCGGGUCAUCAUUAAAAGAUUUUGGAAACCAGGAUUUAAUGCGAGGGCCCAUCGCGGGGGUCCGAUUUCUACUGGAAAAGUCAGAAUGCUUGACGCGGGAAUCCCCGCUUGUUAAGAAAUACGACGGACUACGGAGGAUUCGAAAAGCUUUGCUGUCCGAUCUAUCAUCGCUAGUCAAGACUGCUAAACGAUUUCAAGAAGUCGCCAACGGUACCCCCGCCGAGGAUGAAGUUGAAAGCAUCCUGGACGAGAUGCUCCUGAAGGCGUUCAAGAUCGUCACCCGGGGUGUUCGAUUCCUCGACGUCUGGGACCAGGAAGUUGGACUGACCCGAACAAUCGCCGAUAUGGAAGCCGCUGGUGAACGGAGCCAAUACGAACUGCCCCCAACACCAGCAUCCGACUCGUUCAGCACUGCCGACACUGCGGUCAUUCCCGAUAGCUGCUCCGAACGAAAUGAGUCGCGCCAGAUGAGCCGCAGCCGCAUGGAUAUGAGUCAGGCAUCGAUGCGCACGGAGAUGUUUGAGCCCUCCCGCCCAGUGUCAGUUUCCACGAAGAGGAUAUCAGUUUCUCACCGAGUCUCCUACUCCGGACCCUCAUCUGCCAUUCGUGCGGAGAACCUGGCCUCGGACCGACUGGGCACUACCUACGAUGCCUUCUUAGGUGUGCUUGGGUCAUUCAUUGGUUUGCAUAUGCAGUCUCGCUCCUCGACGGAGCUGGUGACCACCACUCAACAAGCCGUGUCGUCCUGCCGGGCACUGUUGAAUGUGGUUGAAGCAGUCUGCGAGCAUGACACCCAGCGUAGCGUUCUCCUGCAGGAGGCUCGUGAGGCCAUGUGUGAGAAGCUAUCCGAACUCGUUCACGCUGCUCGCGAUGUCUUCCGUCCGGCUCACGCGCAGGAAGAUGAUCUUGUCUUUAUGCCGGAUGAGGGUAAGCGAUUGGUUGAUGCGGCGACGGACUGUGUACGGGCUGCUGGGAACUGCCUGGCCAAGGCUCGACUGGUUCUGGAGCAGAAUGGAGAUAUCGAGCUGGAAGCAAUUGAUGAGGAGACACCAAGUCAGGGUGUACCUGAUAUUGUUGAGGAGAAGGUGGAGAGUGUGGAGAGUGUGGAGGAGGAUGAUAAGAAGACGGACCCCGUGCCAUCGACAGAGGGAACUGAGGAAGGCACGGAGGAAGGAACUGAAGGAACAGAAGGAAUGCGCCUUCCCCCGCCGCCCCUCCAAAUUCCAAAUUCGACCAUCGCGACUUCCCUGACUGCCACUGCCACUGCCACCGCACCUUCCACUCCCGCCCUCACCGAUGCCACCAGCGCCAACACCGCCAACAACCCAACGACUCCUUCUUCCUCCUUCUUCUCUCAUCUUUCUUCCUCCCACACUUCUACUUCCGCCCUUUCUUCCCUCCCCAACUCCGCCACCCUUCCUACUCACCCUGAAAACUGUCAAUCCUUCUCUUCCUCUUACGAUUCUUACCGUGAGAGUCACCCGAAGUCUGACGUGAGCGAAUCUUUCGGUCGUGGUGUGACAAGCACGGGUAGUAGCUUCACCUACAACAGCCACGCUCGUGAUUCCGAGAUGAGUGGCGUCUCCCAGACUUCUACCAGGGCUACCUCACCUGAUAUUGGUGGUAGCUUCACCGACAGCUUUAAGGUGCCGUCUCUCAAGGAGAGUCUUAGCCACUCGACCUUGGCCGAGGAGAACGAGGAGACCGAGGCUCACUUGCUCGAAAAGACCUUCGCCCAUGAAUUGGUCUACAGGGAGGGCCAAGUGAUGGGCGGCAGUAUGUGUGCUUUGAUUGAGAAGCUCACUGCUCACCAAUCCACUCCGGAUGCCACUUUCGUCUCCACCUUCUACCUCACCUUCCGUCUCUUUGCUACCCCGCUGGAGUUCGCGGAAGCUCUCGCAGAGCGCUUUGAAUACAUCGGCGAUACCCCUCACGCUGCUGGCCCCGUUCGGUUGCGCGUGUACAACGUGUUCAAGGGCUGGCUCGAGUCUCACUGGCGCCACGACAGGGACAAUGAUGCGUUGGAAUACAUCCUGAACUUUGCAAAGACUCGUCUUAUGAAUGAACUGCCCACGGCUGGAAAGCGCCUCGUCGAGCUCGCCGAGAAGGUGUCUGCCGUCCACGGCCCCGUCGUUCCCCGUCUGGUUUCCUCCAUGGGCAAGACCAACACCGCGAUCGCCCAAUACGUCAACCCUGAUACCCCUCUCCCCCCUUGUAUCAUCGGCAAGAAAGAGAACCACCUGUUGAAACAGUGGAAGGAUGGCUCGGGCUCGAUCAGCAUUUUGGACUUUGAUCCUCUCGAGUUGGCCCGACAGUUGACCAUCAAGGCGUCUCGUAUCUUCUGCUCCAUUCUGCCCGAGGAGCUCCUCGACACCGAGUGGACCCGCAAGUCUGGCUCAUUGGCUGUCAAUGUCCGCGCGAUGACCACUCUGUCGACCGACCUUGCCCAUCUGGUCGCUGACUCCAUCUUGUGCUUGGAAGAGCCUAAGAAGCGUGCUGCCACCAUCAAACACUGGAUCAAGGUCGGCAACAAGUGCCUGGAGCUGAAUAACUACGAUUGUCUCAUGGCAAUCGUCUGUGCCCUGAACCUGUCUACCAUCGAACGUCUGAAGCGGACCUGGGAUUUCGUCUCGCAGAAGACCAAUAACUCCUUCAACAAUCUGAGAAACAUCGUCAGUGUAGAUCGGAACUAUGUCGUCCUCCGCAAGCGCCUUCAGAACCAUGUACCGCCGUGCCUGCCCUUCCUCGGAACCUACCUUACCGACUUGACCUUCAUCGACCAUGGCAACCAAUCCGUCCGCUCCCUGCCCACGGAUGAUGGUAAGAUGGCUGGCAUCAAUUUCGAUAAGCACAUGAAGACCGCCCGAAUUAUCGGCGAGCUUCAGCGGUUCCAGAUUCCCUACCGCCUGACUGAGGUCCCUGAACUCCAGACCUGGAUGCAAAAUGAGCUCGUUCGCGUUCGCUCUAAUGGCGAGUCCGCCGCGCAGAAGUUCUAUCGCCGGUCCUUGAUCCUCGAACCCCGUGUCCACGGCAGCUCGACUAAUCUCCAUGCUCAGGCUCAGGCUCAGGCUCAAGCUCAAGCUCAAGCCCAGUCUGAGUCCAACCCGUCUUCCAUGCUCGAGAAUGCCAAAGACAAAUUUGACUUCCUCUCUUGGACAAACCCCUCCAAGCCAAAGUCUAUCGCCACAAAUGGCUAA